GGGCGGAAUAGCGGGUCCGGACCGGGCGGCGCCUGGCCAAUGAUGUGGCGAGGCCCCGGAGCGCGGCGUUCAGCCGGCGGACAUUUAAAUGGGAGACGCCGAGAUGCUGAGGCACUCGGCGCGCCCUCCAUGGACUCGGGGGCCAAUCCAGCAACGCAGCCACAGUCGCAGCUCCCAAGCUAACCCCGUGUGCAGCCCCAGGGGGGUCGGGGGGCGCGCAGCCGGCCCCUGGGGCAGUCCCAGCGACUCAGGAAGACUCCCAAAGCGCCUCGGUCAGGAAGAGAAGAGGAGAAAAAAGGAGGCUUCCGAACAGGAUGGGUCGAACAGCCUACACUGUGGGGGCUUUGCUUCUGCUCUUGGGAACCUUGCUGUCUGCCACCGAAGGGAAAAAGAAAGGAUCUCAAGGUGCCAUCCCACCUCCUGAUAAGGACCAGUAUAAUGACUCAGAGCAGACUCAGACUCCCCAACAGCCUGGAUCCAGGAACCGGGGGCGGGGCCAGGGUCGGGGCACUGCCAUGCCUGGGGAGGAGGUGCUGGAGUCCAGCCAGGAGGCCCUGCAUGUGACUGAACGCAAAUACCUGAAGCGGGACUGGUGUAAGACACAGCCUCUCAAGCAGACCAUACAUGAAGAGGGCUGCAACAGCCGUACCAUCAUCAACCGCUUUUGCUACGGCCAAUGCAACUCCUUCUACAUUCCCCGGCACAUCCGGAAAGAGGAAGGCUCCUUUCAGUCAUGUUCCUUCUGCAAGCCCAAGAAAUUCACCACCAUGAUGGUUACCCUCAAUUGUCCUGAAUUGCAGCCACCAACCAAGAAGAAAAGGGUCACCCGGGUGAAGCAGUGUCGCUGCAUAUCUAUUGAUUUGGAUUAGGUCAAGGACACCAGACCUGCCCUAAUGACUCAGCCCCAGAUGUGCACAGUGCCAGGGCAAAGGCAGCUUGGCACUUCCUAUGCUCAAAUCCCAGAUGCAAGAAGAACCAAUCACUGCCUCUUGGCACAAACAUGCAUGUGUGUAUUUGUCUGUGCAAUGGAACAUUGCAUGCAUGUCCAGAGGCACCAUGGGGGAUAAAACAAUCUCUUCUGGAGGGCACUUCUUAUUAUGUAAAGAGUAUCUGUUGCACUUGGGGAUGAUGCAGAUGACCCCAAUCCCUGGCAACUUCCCUGAGGCAAAUCACGUCAGGCAGGGAUGUUGUCUUGCUUUGCCCCUGCCUUCAGUGCGCCUUCUUAGACAUCUAAGAUUCUAUUCAGAAUGAGUGUUGCAUGGACAGUGGUUACCCUGGGCUUUAUUAGUGGAGUACGGGAAGGGACCUGCUUUCAGAUCUGCAUUUGACAUAAAAAAGUGAUUUCAGAAGCUCCUUCUCCUCACCAGCCCUUCCUUUCAACUACUUUUGGUCCAUGCCCCCAAAACCAGAAUCAAUAGCUGUUUCAAAACCAGACUCCUCUCUGUUAGCUAUCCCUGUUGUCUUCUUACAAUGGUCUUUAUGUAUUUUGUUCUUUGCGAAAAAUACUCCAGAUGAUAAAAGGAGGCUUGGAUUGCCAAGAAAAUGGAGUUGAGAGACACUGAGGGCAUAGUAGUAGUCUAAGAGGUAGAAUUUAGGGGUAAGGCCCACAUGAGCUUAGCAGGAUUAAGGUAGGGAGUGUGCAGGGAACUGAACAUGACAAUAAUGUAAAAUCAUCCUUUGGAGAAGAAUUUUUUUCAGCGUGAAACAGAACCUAGUGAAGCAAGCACUCAAUAAAUGUCUUGCAUAACACCUUCAACUCUGUUGUACAUUUUGAAAUGGGACUGAAUUAAAUAUGGCAACCUUAACCCUGAUUUUCUUGACAUUAUUUGUAGGGGACCAAAUUUUCAAUUUGGCACUUCCCAACCCAAGAUCAAAUUUCUAUCUUGUUAUUUUUUUGAGCCCACUAAUUUUGGGGGGGGGGGCGGAGCAACAAGGGUUAAGUGACUUGCUCAGGGUCACACAGCUAGUAAGUGUCAAGUGUCUGAGGUCAGAUUUGAACUCAGGCCCUCCUAAAUCCAGGGCUGGUGCUUUAUCCACUGUACCACCUAGCUGUCCCCCCACUAAAAUUUACAAUAUAUAAAAAGAACUAAAUCAUUACUACCCAUCCCUGCCCCUCACCCUGUCCCGUGUCCCCACAAAUACAGGACUUAAAGUCUUCUGAAAAUUAAAUCAUUAUGUUAUUGUUAACUCAACAAGAACUGUGCUAGGUGCUGGAGAUACAAAGGCAUAAAUAAAAUAGACCUUUCCCUCAAGGGGCCUAUGUUCUGCUACUUAAUAGAAUCAGUCGUAAUGGUUUGGAAGCUGUUCACAAGGUUGGGGUCUAUAGGAGAUGCUGAUUACGCUCAAUCCAGUUCCCAGACUGAAGAUUUUUCUCUAAGAUGGAGGAGCUCUUGUGGUCUCAACACUGGGGUUGGCUUUAAAGUGUCACCUCUUUCCCCCUACAUUUCAUGCCAUGGAGUCUGACCUACUAACUAACUAGGCGAGUUUGAUAGAUAUUUACCACCACUUAUUCAACUCAUGAAAAAAGGAUCCCCAGCCUGUACUUUCUCCCAGGGUAAAUAGCCUGGUUUUCUCAGAGAAUAAGGAAAAAUAUCACCUAACACCAAUUGAAGUUGACCUCGGUUAUCAGUUAAGUUAUUUUUCAGUCAUGUCUGAACUUUUCUGACCCCUUUUGGGGUUUUCUUGAUAAAGACAUUGGAGUGGUUUGCCAUUUCCUUUUUAAGCUCAUUUUACAGAUGAAGAAACUGAAGUAAAU